CUUUUCAAAGUCUUCUUUUCCAUCAAUCAAGUCAGUCUCACGCACAAUCCAUCAGCAAACAAAACCCAUCCCGUCUCGCUCAUUUUUCAUAUUUGGGUAACAGAAUUCAUUUCACUCUGAUUUACCAUAUUAUUAUUUAAGUACCAGCUGAAUUGAUUGAAAAUUAACAACGAAAAACAUUUCCUUUUCUCGAAGUUCUUGAUCCUUUAUCUGUUGAACUUUUUAGCUGUCAAGCAAAUUCAAAAUUGGAAAAUAAAGUUUCUUAGCGAAUAAAGUAAAAUACAAGUAAUAACCUAAAAUACACAAAACGAAUUUGCUCAACAAAUGGACCCAGGAAUGGAUUCAGAAUUAAAAUCGCUGAGAAAAAAGUUAUACACUUAUCAUAAUCGGAUACUGGAAAUCGAAAGGCAAAGCCGACUGAGCCGAGACGAAUAUGAAGUUCGUUUUAAUAACAAAAGGCGAAAAUUGGACAAGGAUAAACCUCAAGUAUUCGCAUUUGAAAAUUCCAUCACUCCCUUGAGCAAUGAAUACAUAUUGGAAAUGAUAUCAAAUUAUCUACCAUCGCAAGAUCUAAGAAAUUCGCGUCUCGUCUGUAGUCUGUGGAACAAGGAAAUGUCACGGGCUUUGACCUCACGACAAACGUUAAUUGUUACAGAGAACGAUUGUCCUGAAGCAACUUCAUUUAUACAAAAUGCAAGAAAAACCUCCUCCGUUGCACUGGGAAAUAUUUGCUUCUUUGAUAUUCCAACUACUUGUCCAUUGUUUAAGAAAUUGAUGGCGUUUUUUGGAUGGACACUAUCGGGACUGAAGCUGGAAGAAUGUAUGUCGAAUUUAGCUGAUUUGGCCAAAGUUCUCAUUAAUCAAGCUCCAAACUUGGAAAGUUUUUCCUACAAAAACCGUGCAUCACCAGAAUCCCAGCAAGUCUCAACUCUUUUCAGAAUCAAGCAUCAUGUGAGCAAUCCACAUUUACAAUUAAUUGAACUUAAACGACUUCAUUGGGAUGAAGAAUUUGGGAAAGUCGAGCUGGAAGAAAUUAUAUCCAUGUGCCCAAACUUGAUUGAGUUAAUGUACAAGAACUCGUGCAUUCCAUGUCCAUCAAGCUAUAAGAACUUGCGAUGGGACAGUUUAACAACACUCAAUUUUUCUCCACGAGAUGAACUCAGAGAUGAACAUAUUCUAGCGUUGACCAAUCUUCAGUUAAAAUUACGAAGACUGACCAUGUUUGGAGUCAACCCGUCUGUAAAAUCUAGAAUGCUCAAGCUCCAAAAAUUGUUCACAUCAAUUUCCAAAACAUUAGAAAAUUUAGAGUUGUUUCAACAUUACACUAUCGAAUAUCGGUACAAUCCGGCAUUUGACACUCCAUUUUUCGUCACCAGGUUAUCUCGACUAAAAAGACUGAACGUGGAUUUUUGUAUUUUAAAGUCUCUCAAGGCCUUUAAUUAUUUGCCUGCACUAAAGUCAUUCGAAUGCAAAGCCAGGCAUUGUGAUGAUUGGGAGGCUCUUUUGGCAAAGAAAGGAUUUCCAGAUGAAAACUUGAAUCUUUCUUAUCUCAAUCUCGGAAGUAUAGAUUCACAGUGUCUUUUAAAGUUUACAAGUUCCUUCAAAAUGUGUUCAAACUUAGAGUUGGAUCCGGAGUUGAUUGACGAUAAAGCUAUGCGAAUUAUAAUCAAAGGCUUCCCACAUUUGCAACAGUUGAAAAUUGCCAAGCUAGGACAUGUCUCGAAAAUUCCAUUGACCGACUGUGGUUUGUCCGGGCUAAAUGCUUCAACAUGCAAAAAAUUGUUAAACAGUAUUGAUUGUGGUUCUGGAAUGAACCAAGAUAAAUUAUUGAAGCUAACAAAAUUUCCUGCCAUCUAUCACUUAAAAGACUUAAUUAGACUCGAAAUUCAAGCUGACAAGUCAUUACUCACCGACAUUUCUCUGGUCUAUGGAAUUGUUAAAUGCUCAAAACUUGCAAUUCUCGGCCUUCCAAGAUGCAAUAUUUCCGAUAUUUCCGUAAAAGCCAUCCAGGAUAACCUCAAACUCACCCUUUUGGAUUUACGAGUUUCUAGGUGCCCAAAAAUCACCGAGUCAGCCAUAAAUUCUCUGCGAAAUAGUCACAAAGACAUGAUUUUACAAUCGGGUCUUCUUGUCUAUCCUGACCUAAGUGCCAGUUGAUGUUUUUGUAGUUAGUGAAAUUCAUAACUUGUAAUAAAUUGAUUUGACUAUUAAGAUGUA